AUGUGCAACUUUAUCAAAAAGAACGGAGAACAGUGUUUGCUAGCUCGCAACAAGGAUCGCUGCGGCAAGCAUCCAAUUAUUAUGGGUCGGGAAAUUAUUGUCGUGGAGAGUAAUAUAGUAGAAGAAAUGUCACCACAAGUCAAUACCCCAGUCGUCGCUGAGGUUGUUGAUACACCAGCGCCAUCGGUGAUCGAACCCGUCGAGGCCUCGAAUGUCAAAGUUAGUGAAGUUCCAAAUGUGGAUGAGUCGAUUGUCGAACCGAUGAUCGCGGAUAGCGCGAUCGAUUUGAUCAAGCCGCUGCAUUGA